AUGGUCUACGUGAACGCGAAAAACUACUUUUGUGACUCGAUCAUCAACAACACGGACCGGGUGCUGUCUGCUCUCAUCAAGUACCAUGGUCUCUCCAUCAUUGCCGUCUUUCUGCUGGCAAUUGGCCUCUUCCACGUGGCUCUGAAGGUGGUGUCCUAUGUGGCCGUUCUUCUCGACGUGUUUGUGCUGCCUCCCACCAACUACCUGCCCUACGGCUCCCAGCGGGGCGCCUGGGCCGUGGUGACCGGUGCUUCUGACGGCAUUGGCAAGGAGUACGCCCGACAGCUGGGUCUCCGAGGCUUCAACGUGUUCCUCAUUUCUCGAACCGAGUCCAAGCUGCGAGAGCUGGCCCAGGAGAUUGCCGAAAAGUCCAAGGUCGAGACCAAGUUCCUGGCCAUCGACGUGUCCACCGACUCCCCCCAGAACUACAAGGACAUCGAGACCGUGCUGGAGACCAUCCCCAGCGUGUCUAUCCUCAUCAACAACGUCGGCUUGUCCCACUCCAUCCCCACCCCCUUCCUCGAGACCCCCCCCGCCGAGCUGCACAACAUCAUCGCCAUCAACAACUUGGCUACUCUGAAGAUCACCCAGCUGAUUGCCCCCAAGAUUGUCGAGUCCGUCAAGGAGGCCCGAGCCACCAAGAAGUUCCAGAAGGGUCUCAUUCUUACCAUGGGAUCUUUUGGCGGCUUGCUGCCCACCCCCCUGCUCGCUACCUACUCUGGUUCCAAGGCCUUCCUCCAGCACUGGUCCAACGCUCUGGCCGUGGAGCUUGCCCCCGAGCACGUCGAUGUCGAGCUCGUUGUCUCCUACCUCGUCACCUCUGCCAUGUCCAAGGUCCGAAAGACCUCUGCUCUGAUCCCCAACCCCAAGCAGUUUGUCACCGCCACUCUGUCGUCCGUUGGCCGAGCCGGAGGAGCCCAGGAGAAGUUUGCCACCUCCACCCCCUACUGGUCCCACGCCCUGCUGCACUGGUGGAUCGCCCAGACCGUCGGCGUCUUCUCCAAGCUCGUUGCCGGCUUCAACUACAAGAUGCACGUCGACAUCCGAAAGCGGGCUCUCAAGAAGCAGGCCCGACAGGCCGCUGGAGGCGUUGCCGACCCCAAGAACACCACCGCUGCUCGAGAGGGCUACGCCACCGAGUCUCUCAAGAACGAGACUCUCAAGCACUAA